GCCCGCUCCGGGUCGCUGUGGGUGCGGGGUUGGGGAGGACGCCGAGGUCUUCUCUGCCUGUGCAGCCGCCCCUCCGCGUUCUGCAACCAUGGCUGUGCUGGCGGCACUUCUGCGCGGCGGCGCCCGCAGCCGCAGCCCCCUGCUCCGGAGGCUGGUGCAGGAAAUAAGAUAUGUGGAACGGAGUUAUGUCUCAAAACCCACUUUGAAGGAAGUGGUCAUAGUAAGUGCUACAAGAACACCCAUUGGAUCUUUUUUAGGCAGCCUUUCCUUGCUGCCAGCCACUAAGCUUGGUUCCAUUGCAAUUCAGGGAGCCAUUGAAAAGGCAGGGAUUCCAAAAGAAGAAGUGAAAGAAGCAUACAUGGGUAAUGUUCUACAAGGAGGUGAAGGACAAGCUCCUGCAAGGCAGGCAGUAUUGGGUGCAGGCUUACCUAUUUCUACUCCAUGUACCACCAUAAACAAAGUUUGUGCUUCAGGAAUGAAAGCCAUCAUGAUGGCCUCUCAAAGUCUUAUGUGUGGACAUCAGGAUGUGAUGGUGGCAGGUGGGAUGGAGAGCAUGUCCAAUGUUCCAUAUGUAAUGAACAGAGGAUCAACACCAUAUGGCGGGGUAAAGCUUGAAGAUUUGAUCGUUAAAGACGGGCUAACUGAUGUCUACAAUAAAAUUCAUAUGGGCAGCUGUGCUGAGAAUACAGCAAAGAAGCUGAAUAUUGCACGAGAUGAACAGGACGCUUAUGCUAUUAAUUCUUAUACCAGAAGUAAAGCAGCAUGGGAAGCUGGGAAAUUUGGAAAUGAAGUUAUUCCUGUCACAGUUACAGUAAAAGGUCAACCAGAUGUAGUGGUGAAAGAAGAUGAAGAAUAUAAACGUGUUGAUUUUAGCAAAGUUCCAAAGCUGAAGACAGUUUUCCAGAAAGAAAAUGGUACAGUAACAGCUGCCAAUGCCAGUACACUGAAUGAUGGAGCAGCUGCUCUGGUUCUGAUGACGGCAGGUGCAGCCAAGAGGCUCAAUGUUACACCACUGGCAAGAAUAGUAGCAUUUGCUGACGCUGCUGUAGAACCUAUUGAUUUUCCAAUUGCUCCUGUACAUGCUGUAUCUAUGGUUCUUAAAGAUGUGGGAUUAAAAAAAGAAGAUAUUGCAAUGUGGGAAGUAAAUGAAGCCUUUAGUCUGGUUGUACUAGCAAACAUUAAAAUGUUGGAGAUUGAUCCCCAAAAAGUGAAUAUCAAUGGAGGAGCUGUUUCUCUGGGGCAUCCAAUUGGAAUGUCUGGAGCCAGGAUUGUUGGUCAUUUGACUCAUGCCUUGAAGCAAGGAGAAUAUGGUCUUGCCAGUAUUUGCAAUGGAGGAGGAGGUGCUUCUGCCAUGCUAAUUCAGAAGCUGUAGACAACCUGCUAUUUAAAGAGACAACCCUAUGUGACCAGAAGGCCUGCUGUAAUCAGUGUGACUACUGUGGGUUAGCUUAUAUUCAGAUAAGCUGUUUCAUUUAUAUUAUUUUCUAUGUUAACUUUUAAAAAUCAAAAUAAAAUCCCAAAACCUUUUGAAAUUAAAUUUUUUCUUCUGCUUUUUGGUAACCUUGAAAAGUCUGAUACAUCUUUGCAUUCUGAGUCUAUACUUAUAAUCGAAAUAUAGUAGAAAUACCAAUGUGUAAUAUUAGUGACUUAUGUAAGCAGCUAGAAGCUUCCAUUUGUGAGAACAAAUUUAUAUUUUUGAGGAUUGUUAAAGGUCAAGUGAAUGUUCUCUGUAGGUAAUUUACAUUUAGUAAAUUACUUUUCUUUACAGUAAGAGUUGACUAUUCUGGACAAACUAACAGUGCUUCAUAUAAUCACUCAAACCACAGUGUGUGCAACAGUACUACAAAACAAGACAGAAGCCCAUGUGCUCAGGGUCUAAAGUGGGGGCAAUUUCUUAUAACCUCAACAUUCAGGGUUGGGGGAAGUCAAAUAGAAAACCCUGCAGUUUGGGCUCUGAAUUACUACAGCAGCAUAGAGAGUGGGAAAGGAGGUAGAAACUGAUAAACUGAAUGGAUUUAUAAAAAAGGGAACAGAUCACCACUUCCAAUAAACCAUAAUGCCUUUUCUUAAGCAGGACAGACUGUAGCACAAGUAUCUUGCAUUGCAUUUUAUCUGGGAAAAAA